AUGACUUUAUUCGUAUUUGUAAGCAUAUUCUUAUCAACUUCAAUUUUCAUCCCAAUUCUGACGCAAAGUGAUUUUUUCGAUCAAUCGCCAGGUUUGUUGUAUUGUCAUCCUUUUUUAUUGUCACGAAAAAAUUAAACCUUUUUGCGCUUUAGAUUAUUUUAAUACUCCGGGUCUUUUUCAGGUCAACAAAAUUCUUGGGGACAAUCAUGGGACAGGUAUUUUUUUGUUUUUUGUUUGGUAACACACAUAAUAAUUUCAGAAGACCUCCUCCACCUAGAGAUCCUUGGGGACGUCCUCCGCCACCCCACCACUGGGGACACCCACCACCGUGGGGCAGGCCUCCCCCACCUUGGGGUAGACCUCCCCCGCCUUGGGGAAGACCUCCCCCACCUUGGGGUUGGCCCCCGCCACCUCCGCCACCGCCACCUCCACCUGCACCCGUUGUUGAGGAAAUUCAAUUUUCGGCUGACAUUGAUAAGGUGAGAGAGAGAGGAAAAAUGAAAACUCAUGAAAACAAAGAACAAUUUUAUCAGGUUGUGAAUAGUUUGAAUGCAAAUACAGCGGCAUUUCAAAAAGAGGGUGAGGGUUAUGAUCGUGUAUUACAAAUUAUGCAAGCAUAUUUCAAUCGCAAAUCUGGUGCACAAUUUGUGAGUUUUGAUAAGUCUAUUUGAAAUUUGAAAAUUGAAAUCUUUUGGUUUUGGAGACCAGGAAAAUUCAACUAUUUCCGAUUGUAAUUAUAAACCUGUUUUUUCGAACAUCUUCCUAAUGUAAGAAAUCAAAUCAAAUAAAAUUUUGAACAAAUUUGGAAACUAAAAUAAAACAUUAUUAAAAAUAGGAUUUUGGAUAAAAUUUAGAAAUCUGAAAAAAAUCAUUUUCAAAGCUCUAGUGAGCAAAAAUUUUUCACACUAAAAAUAUGAAAAUUUGGAUUCCAAAUAAAAAACCUAUAGCUUUUUAUGUUUUUUUUUUCAAAUGGGAAAAACAUCAUCCAAAAAUUUUUGGGAAUCUUUUUUUUUUUGAAUAAUAGCUUCACAAAAUUUCGAAAUUUUCUGGUUAGAAUCUCAACAUUUUCUAGACAAAAAAAUAUUUCUUCACUUUGACUUGAAAACUUUGGUUUUUAAAAUUAAAAUUUGAACACAAUUUUUGUACGAGAUCAAUUCUGAUUUUUUCUAGUUACUUUCAAAGCUACAUGUUCAAUUUCAAGAAUCAACUUUUAUUUCCAGGAUAUGACAAAAACCAUACCAACAACAGAUAUCAGGAACAACGAGCUAGCAUCCAACACAAAAAUAGCAAACGCAAUGUUUGAAAGUGAUAUGGUUCUAACAGUCUCACAAAUAAACAUUAUUGCAAAGAACACUAGAAGAUUCAAGCGAAAAAUGAAUUUGAAUGGAACUUCUUGGACUCGAAAUAUUGCCUAUCGUUUUCUAGAUACUGAUUGUAAGGACAUCUAGGCAUCUAGAUUCAGAUUAAAUUUAUUCCAGCUACUUGGCAAAGUCAAAUCAACAAAGCUUUACGAUAUUAUGAAAAACACAGCUGCCUUCGGUUCACUUUGAAUGGUCCGAAUUAUGAUUAUAUGGCUUUUAAUAGAGGUGAAGGGUGUUAUUCGAGUGUUGGAAGAUUGGGUGGACCUCAAGAAAUAUCGAUUGGUUAUGGUUGUGAUACAGUUAGUUUUUUUUGUGUCUGAAAAUCUAUAUAAUAAGAGAUUUUCAGCUUGGUAUAAUUACCCAUGAAGUCGGACAUGCUCUUGGAUUUUGGCAUGAGCAAGCCAGACCGGAACGUGAUUCAUAUGUGAGAAUUAAUCGACAAAACGCAGUGAUUGGUCUUGAGGGACAAUUUGAAAAACGAACUUGGAGUGAAGUCAAUGAAUAUGGAAUCCCAUAUGAUUACGGAUCUGUAAUGCACUAUUCUCCAAAAUCUUUCAGUCGAUCUUGGGAGCUCAAUACAGUCGAGCCAACAGAUUCUGCAUUCAUGGCAACAAUCGGAAAUCGAGUUGAACCAUCAUUUCUUGAUUUGAAACUUUUGAACACUGCUUUUUGCAAAGGUUUGUAUUUAUUGUUGUCUUAUCAAUUUUCUUUCCGUUAACCAUAAGUUUUGUUCCAAUAAUCUGAUUAAUUUUCUGAACUCGAUUUUCAAAGAAACAACGACACGUGACCAGAAAAUUAUCAUCAUUUUUCCAGACAUCUGUCGAAAUAAUAUCAAUUGUCAACAUGGAGGAUACCCAGAUCCAAAUAAUUGCGGAACUUGUAAAUGCCCCACAGGUUUAGAAGGAACAUAUUGUGAAAGACUACAGACAUCCAGUAAAUUUAAUUCUAAAAGCUAUCAGAUUCUAAAUUUUUUCACAGAUUGUGGAGUAGAAUUACCGCGCGCUGAAUAUACUUGGCGAAAUAUUUCAUAUUCUGGAACAUCGGAUUGUUAUUGGAGAAUCACGGCAGUUAACAAUGCUCUAAUUCGAUUUGAAGUAACUCAUGUUUUAUAUAAAUGCGAUCCGGUUUGCGAGGAAUUUGUUGAAAUAAAAAGUGAUUCAACUCAUGAACCCACUGGAUUUCGACAAUGUUGUAGGAAAAUCGCUGGUGAACGUGUGAGUAGAGGAAAUACCAUGUUGAUUAUCUCAAAAGCAACUUCCAAUUCACAAUUUGUUAUCAGAUAUCGGGCAGGUAUGAAAUUUCUUUUUUUCUCAUCUCAUCUCAUCUCCCAAUUAUGUAUUUUCCUACAGAAGGAUCUCCUCCAACAACAACACCAGCACCAAUUCGACAAACAUAUUAUUCAACAAAUUGGUCUGGUUGGACAGGUUGUUCAGAAAACUGUGGAUCUUGUGGAACACAAUAUCGAACAAGAUGUCCAUCAACAUCAAACUGCAGUCAACCAAUCCGUCAAACCCGCGUCUGCAAUCCUCAACCAUGUCAAAGCGGAGCAACUCGCGGAAAAAGAUCCGCAUUGUCAAGUCGAAAUCGUGUUCCAAGAUAUGGCGAAUGGUGUUGUGCAAGAUUUGUUUUACAUCAGGGAACAUGUAUUCCAGUUCGAAUUGGGAAAUAA